AUGGGAUCGGGCAGAGACCUGAGGGUCCUAGGGAGGUUUUAUGGGGCAAACAGAUGCCUAGGUCUCCGAGGUCCCCUAACACUGUGGCCCUCUCCGUCCCAGGCAUUGCCGGCCGGUGUCUUCGAGCUGCAGAUUCUUUCUUUUGGACCGGGACCAGGCCCCGGGGCCCCGCGGUCCCCCUGCAACGCCCGAGGCCCUUGCCGCCUCUUCUUCAGGGUCUGUCUGAAGCCGGGAGCCUCCCAGGAGGCUGCCGAGUCCUUGUGCGCCCUGGGCGCUGCGCUGAGCACUCGUCCCAUCUACACGGAGCAGCCCGGAGCGCCUGCUGCUGCCUUGCCGCUACCCGACGGCCUCGUCCGUGUGCCAUUCCGCGAUGCCUGGCCGGGCACCUUCUCCCUCAUCAUUGAAACUUGGAGAGAGCAGCUGGGAGAGCGGGCUGGAGGACCCGCCUGGAACCUGCUAGCACGUGUGGCGGGCCGCAGACGCCUGGCGGCUGGGGGUCCGUGGGCCCGUGACGUGCAGCGCGCUGGUGCAUGGGAGCUGCACUUCUCCUACCGCGCACGCUGCGAGCCGCCUGCUGUAGGAGCCGCCUGCGUGCGUCUGUGCCGCUCGCGCAGUGCCCCCUCGCGGUGUGCCCCGGGACUGCUCCCCUGUGCGCCUUUCCCAGAAGAGUGCGAAGCCCCACCCAUAUGUCGAGAGGGCUGCAGCCCUGAGCACGGCUAUUGUGAAGAGCCCGAUGAAUGCCACUGCCUAGAGGGCUGGACUGGACCCCUCUGCACUGUCCCUGUCUCCACCAGCAGCUGCCUAAACUCCAGGGUCCCAGGUCCUGCCAGCACUGGGUGCCUUUUACCUGGGCCUGGGCCCUGUGAUGGGAACCCAUGUGCCAACGGGGGCAGUUGUAGCGAAACCUCCGGUUCCUUUGAAUGUACCUGUCCCCGGGGAUUCUAUGGGCUUCGAUGUGAGGUGAGCGGGGUGACAUGUGCAGAUGGACCCUGCUUCAAUGGCGGCUUGUGUGUUGGUGGCGAAGAACCUGACUCUGCCUAUGUCUGUCAUUGCCCGCCUGGUUUCCAAGGCUCCAACUGUGAGAAGAGGGUGGACCGGUGUAGCCUGCAGCCAUGUCAGAACGGCGGCCUCUGCCUGGACCUGGGUCACGCGCUGCGCUGCCGCUGUCGCACGGGCUUCGCGGGGCCGCGCUGCGAGCACCACCUGGACGACUGCGCAUAA